AGUCCAGUCCAGUCCAGUCCAUUGCAGUCCAGUCCAUCCGGUCCAUCCUGGUCCAUCCCAGUCCAGUCCAUCCCAGUCCAUCCCGGUCCAUCCCAGUCCAGUCCAGUCCAGUCCAUCCAGUCCAGUCCAGUCCAUCCCAGUCCAGUCCAAUCCAUCCCGGUCCAUCCCAGUCCAGUCCAGUCCAUCCCAGUCCAAUCCAUCCCAGUCCAGUCCAUCCCAGUCCAAUCCACCCCAGUCCAGUCCAUCCCGGUCCAUCCCAGUCCAAUCCAUCCCAGUCCAGUCCAGUCCAUCCGGUCCCCCCAGUCCAUCCCAGUCCAAUCCACCGUGGUCCAGUCCACCCCAUCCCAGUCCAUCCCAGUCCAGUCCAUCCAGUCCAUCCCAGUCCAGUCCAAUCCAUCCCGGUCCAUCCAGUUCCCCCAGCCCCUCCCAGUCCCCCCGGGGUCACGACCCCACAUCCCGACCCCGCCCGACCCCGGGAAACGUUCAACAAAGGGGUUUCCUGCUGCGGGCCCGGACGCCUGGGUCCCCUCCCUCCCGGACGCCUGGGUCCCCUCCCUCCCGGACGCCUGGGUCCCCUCCCUGCCAAGGGCGGGGGGUUAUGGGACGGGGACGCAGCCGGACGCCUGGGUCCCCUCCCGGACGCCUGGGUCCCCAGUGCAGGCCCGAGCGGGCGGACGGACAGACGGACGCUUCCCGCUGCCUCCGCUUGCCCAAAGUUGCCCAAACUUGGCCCAAAUUUGCCUCCUUCCCCCUCCCCCCACCAUCAGCCGCUCCCCCGGACACCUGGGUCCCUCCCGGACGCCUGGGUCCCCCCCAAAAGGAGCGGGGAAGGGCAGACCCAGACACCCUGGGACACGGUGCGGGGUGGGAGGGGGCAGCCCGGACGCCUGGGUCCCCUCCCGGACGCCUGGGUCCCCUCCGGACGCCUGGGUUCCCCCCGGACGCCUGGGUCCCCCCGGACGCCUGGGUCCCCCCGGGGCCGCCAUGGGGCUGUGGCUGCUCUGGCUGUGGGUCCCGUUGGGCUUCGCUGAGGAGGAGGUUCUGCUGGACACGCGGCUGGAGACGAGUGACCUGAACUGGACCGUGUACCCGGCGGGGGAGGGGCAGUGGGAGGAGCUCAGCGCUCUGGACCCGGAGCUCGGGGCGCCCGUUCGCACCUUCGAGGUGUGUUCAGGGCGUGGCCGCGGCCCCGCCCCCUCGGGCCCCGCCCCCUCGGGCCCCGCCCAGAACAGCUGGCUGCGCUCGCGCUGGGUCCCGCGGGGCGGGGCCGCCCACGUGUUCGCGGAGCUGCGCUUCACCAUGCUGGCCUGCGACGGCCCCGCCCCCCGGCACGCGCCCGGCCCCCGCCCCGGCCCCGCCGGAGACGCGCCCGCCACGCCCCGCGCCACGCCCGGACACGCGGCCCCGCCCACGGCCCCAGCCCCGGCCAAUGGGACGAUGCUCCUGGUGACGGCCCCGGCAACGGCCACGCCCCUGGCAACCGCGGACCGACGCCCUCGGCAACGGCCCCGGAGCCGCCGGUUUCCACGGCAACGUCCCCCGUCCCGCCGCGCUCCUGGGCGGGCCCCUCCCCCCGCGGCCCCUCCCCCCGCUGCCGCGAGACGUUUCACCGUGUUCCUGCACGAGUCGGACGGCGACACCGCGACCCCCCUGUCCCCCCCCUGGCUGGAGAACCCCUACGUCAAGGUGGACACGGUGGCCGCCGAGCACCUGGCGGCGCCGGGGUCAAGGUCAAGGUCACGGGCGCGGUCGCCGGCGGGCCAGAUCAACCGGAAGACGCUGCGGCUGGGCCCGCUGAGCCGCGCCGGCUUCUACCUGGCGUUCCAGGACCUGGGCGCCUGUCUGGCGCUGCUGUCCGUCCGUCUGUCCUUCCGGCGCUGCCCCGCGGUCACGCGGGCCCUGGCGCGCUUCCCGGCCACCGUCCCGCGCGCGCCCGUGGCCGCGGUGGCCGGGCGCUGCUGCAGGGGGCGGUGGCGCGGGGGGGCGUCCUGGGCCCCCCCGUCAUGUACUGCACGGAGGACGGGACCUGGGCCGAGCCCCCCCCGGCCCGCGGCUGCGUCUGCGGCCCCGGCUGGGAGCCACGGGGGGGCGGCUGCGCCGCGUGUCCCCCCGGCUGGUUCCAGGGGGGGGCGGGGGGGGGCCCGUGCCUGCCCUGCCCCCCCCGCAGCCGCUCCCCCUCCCCCGCGGCCGCGGCCUGCGAGUGCGACCCCGGGACCUUCCGCGACCCUGGAGGGGGCGCCGGGGAGCCCUGCUGGGGGGCUGUGGGGCGGCCCCGAGCGCUCGGGGGUGCGGCUGACGUGGGGGCCCCCCCGCCUGGGGGCGGGGCACCCCGACCUGACCUUCGCGGUCACGUGUCAGCGCUGCCCCCCGGGGGGGGGCCCCUGCGGGCCCUGCCCCCCCCUGCGCCUGGCCCCGCCCCCCCCGCUGCGGGGUCACGAGGUCACGGUCAGCGGGCUGACCCCCGGGGUCACCUAUCGCUUCCGGGUCAGCGCACGCAGCGGCGUCAGCGACCUGGGGCCGCAGCCCCUCCCCCACAGCGAGGUCAACGUCACCGCGGGGGGGGACGUGCCGCCACCGGUCGGGGCCGUGACCCUGGCGGGGGGGUCGCCCUCGGCCGUGACCUUGACCUGGUCGCCCCCCCCGCACCCCCCCCCCGGGGGCCCGAUCCUGGACUACGAGGUCAAGUACUACGAGAAGGUGGGGGGCGGGGAGGGCCCCCCGCAGUUCGUGCAGGUGCCGGGCCCGCGGGCGGAGCUGGGGGGGCUGCGCCGGGGGGGGCUGUACGGCGUGCGCGUGCGCGCGCGCGGCCACGGCGGCUACGGAGACUACGGGCCCGAGACCGCCGUCACCCCCCCGGGCACCGCCGGGGGCUCCCGGGGGGUCCCGGUGGCGCUGCUGGGGGGGGCGGCGGCGCUGGGGGGGCUCCUGGUGCUGGCCGCCCUGGGGGGGGCGCUGCUGAGCCGCAGGCACUGUCAGCGGCGGGAGGACCCAGAGCGACACCCCCGGGGUCAUGGCGGCUCGGCGUACAUCGACCCCCUGAGCUACGAGGACCCGCGCGUGGCGCUCAGGGCCGUGGCGCCCGAGCUCGACGGCGCCUGCGUCGCGCUGCAGGACGUCAUCGGCACAGGUGAAUUCGGGCAGGUGUACCGGGGUCUCCUGACGCUCCCCGGCUCCCGCCCCUCCCCCGUGGCCGUGAAGACGCUGCGGGGGGGGGUGGGGGAGGGGCGGCGCCGGGACUUCCUGCGCGAGGCGGCGCGGAUGGGCCAGUUCAGACACCCCCACGUGCUGCGGCUGCGCGGGACGGUGACCGCGGGGGACACCGUGAUGAUCGUCACCGACCUCAUGGACAACGGCGCGCUGGACGCCUUCCUGAGGGGCCGGGAGGGGACGCUGGGGACGCCGGUGCUGGUGUCCAUGCUGCGCGGCGUGGCCGGCGGGAUGUGCUACCUGUCCUCCCUGGGCUUCGUGCACCGCGACCUGGCGGCGCGGAACGUGCUGGUGGACGCGCGGCUCGUCUGCAAGGUGGCCGACUUCGGGCUGGCCCGCGCCACCGCGGCGCACGGCGGCCACGAGGCCACCUACACCAGCACCGCGGGCGGGAGGAUCGCGGUGCGCUGGACGGCGCCCGAGGCGCUGGCGCGACGCUCGUUCAGCUGGGCCAGCGACGUCUGGAGCUUCGGGGUCGUCAUGUGGGAGGUGCUGAGCUUCGGGGAGCGGCCCUACUGGGACAUGGACACCCAGGCCGUGCUGGCGGCGCUGGAGCAGGGCUACCGGCUGCCGCCGCCCCCGCGCUGCCCGCCCGCGCUGCACCGGCUGAUGCUGCGCUGCUGGCGCCGCCGGCCCCGCGCGCGGCCGCGCUUCCCGCUCCUGCUGCGCGCCCUGCGCCCCUCCCCCCCUGGGACCCUCAGUCUGGAGCUGCAGCCGAACUGUGGGGAUUGGCCGCGCUCCACGCUGACGCGCGACGGUGCCGAGAGCGACCUCGAGGGGGAGCCCCCGGCCUCCCGCUGACCCCGCCCCUUCCGCUGACGUCACCGCCCGCGGUCCCGCCCCUUCCGCCCAGCCGCAGGGGGCGGGGCCGCGGAGACCCCCUGGUUCUUCAUUAAAGCUCUGUGAUUGGUUCGGGUGUUCGUA